AUGAGUGGCCGGAUGCCCCUGCACACAGGCAUCAACGAUUGGAUCCCCAACAAGGCCUAUGGAUUGCCACUGGAUGAAACCACCUUGCCACAACUGCUUGGCUCCUCGGCAGCUUUUGGCCUUCUGACCGGCUCGGCAGGUUCGGCAGGCUACAAGUGCCACGCCGUGGGCAAGUGGCACUUGGGAUUCUUCAGGACAGAGUACACACCGACAUUCAGAGGCUUCGAGUCCUUCUACGGCUUCUACGAGGGAUCGGAGGAAGCGAUCGGCGCGCAGCGGUCCGCGUCGAUCUCCGACUAUUUUAAGCAUACCAAAGAUGGCGGCUUUGACUUGCACCGGGAGGCUCAGCCGCGCUGUGGUCCUGGCUGCACCACGCUGGCCUGGGAGGAUACAGAUCAGUACUCCACCAACCUCUUCGCCGAUGAGGCCCUUCGAAUCAUUGAUCGACACAAUACUUCAGAGCCGCUGUUCCUCUACCAAGCCUGGCAAGGUGUCCAUGACCCCAGACAGGUUCCACAGCACUAUGUGGAGCCCUACGUCCAUCGCAUCCCAGACCUCAAACGUCGGGAGUUCGCCGGCAUGGUCUCCGCGGUGGACGAGGGCAUCGGCAACAUCACGCGGAAGCUCCAGGAGAAGGGGAUGUUGGCCGAUGCGGUGGUCAUCGUCACCACGGACAAUGGCGGCCCCAUCGUGGACUGCGCUGGCAUCGGCGCUUCGAACCUGCCCUUGCGAGGUGGCAAAUGCUCGCUUUGGGAAGGAGGUACGCGCGGUACCUCCUUGCUUUUCGCGCCAGGAUACGUUGAGCGAAGCUUCACCUGGCAGGGUUUGAUGCACGGCGCUGACUGGUUGCCAACCCUGGUGGAAGGGGUGGCAGAUGAAAGGAGAGCCUAUGUGGAUCGAUGGGGAAACCGGUCUUCGCCCCGACAGGAGCUCUACUAUGGCCUGGCCGACUCCCAGGUGGGCCACCAUGGCCCCGCCUUACGCGAGGGGCCCUGGAAGCUGAUUGUGGGCACUGGAGGCGGCUCUGGUGAUCAUCCUCACUGGUGGAGGAACUUCUCCAGCUCUUUGGGGCUUUCGGAGGAUCAUCGACCUCGGCUCUUCAACGUGCAGGAAGAUCCCUCCGAGCGCUGUGAGGUCUCAGACCAGGAGGAGCGAGUGCGUGGCUGGGCAGUCUUGACCGGAGAGCGAUAG